AUGGCUUUAGUUCAAGAUGACGGAAAACCCGAUAUAUUCCUUACAAUGACGUGUAAUCCAAAAAAUUUAGAAAUUCUUAAAGAGCUGUUGCCCGGUCAGAUUGCACAAGAUCGACCGGACCUUGUUGCAAGAAUUUUUCGUGCCAAAUUAGAGGAUCCCAAGGACCAACUCUUCCAGAAGAAAAUCCUUGACACUGUCAGGGCAAAUAUUUAUGUCAUCGAGUUUCAGAAGCGUGGAUUGCCGCAUGCACAUUUCCUCAUGAUAUUGAGACCUGAUGACAAAAUGACCAAUCUAGAUCAUUACGACAAUAUUGUAUGUGCUGAAAUUCAUGACCCAGCAAAGUAUCCUAAAAUGCACCAGUUGGUUGUCCAACACAUGAUGCAUGGUCCUUGCGGUCAUUUACGACCGUCCAAUCCUUGCAUGCAAGGUGAGCCAAAAAUCUAUGGUUUUAGAUAUCCUAAACAAUUCAACGAUAAGACAUCACAGGCUGAGAACUCUUAUCCGUUAUACCGGAGGGGAAAUAUUGGAAGAGAUGUGAAUGUACGAGGCAAUACACUGGAUAAUAGAUGGGUUGUCCCAUAUAACCCAAAAUUGUUAAUGAUGUUCAACUGUCAUAUUAAUGUUAAGGCUUGCUCAAGUAUAACAUCUGUGAAAUAUCUCUUCAAAUAUAUUUACAAGGAUCAUGAUAAACAAGUUAUGCAUAUAGAUCCAAACGAAGGACAAAGUGUUAUUAAUGAGAUUAAAAGGUUUCAAGAUGCGCGUUAUGUCUCCCCCGGGAGGCAAUGUGGCGGAUUUUUAGAUUUGCGCUUUCUCAAAUUCAACCUUCUGUGA